CAUAUCGUAUCAAAGCUAGUAUGUUUUCUUGAGGCGAUACUUGCCAUGCCCUUGAUACUAGUGGUUGUCAUACUCCUUUUGAGUUUGUUCACGUUGGUGGCCUACGCGACGACGUUCACCAUAGCGAACUACUGCGCCUACCCGAUAUGGCCGGGCACGCUGGCUGGCUCCGGCACGCCGCAGCUGUCCACGACGGGGUUCGAGCUCGGGCCGGGGCAGACGGUGCGGCUGGCGGCGCCGCCAGGGUGGUCGGGGCGGAUGUGGGCGCGGACCGGGUGCGUGUUCGACGCGGCCGGCGCCGGCGUGUGCCAGACCGGGGACUGCGGCGGGCGCAUGGAGUGCCGCGGCGCCGGCGCCACGCCCCCGGCCACGCUCUUCGAGGUCACGCUGGGGAAGGGCGGCGGCGAGGACUUCUACGACGUGAGCCUCGUCGACGGGUACAACCUCCCCGUCGUCGCCAUACCGCGCGCGCUGCGCGGGCCCGGCGCGUGCAACGCCACCGGCUGCUUGGCCGACCUCAACCGCUCGUGCCCGACGGAGCUGCGGGUGGACUACGGCGGCGGCGCGAUCGCGUGCCGGAGCGCGUGCGAGGCGUUCGGGCAGGACAGGUACUGCUGCAGCGGCGCCUACGGCACGCCGGCGGCGUGCCGGCCGACGUCGUACUCGUCCGUCUUCAAGAUGGCGUGCCCGCGCGCCUACAGCUACGCCUACGACGACAGCACCAGCACCUUCACCUGCAACGCCGACGACUACACCGUCGCCUUCUGCCUCCCCACCUCCGGGAUAAAGGAGUCGGACGCCGUGUUCCUCGGCGCGCAGAUCAUCGGCGGCCGCAGCACCGGUGCUGCCGAAGCCAACGAUAUCGCGCCGCCGGCGUCCGGCAACGGUGGGGUGGGCGCUUAUGCACCGCCGGCCUACGACGGCUACAACGGCGGUGGAGGUGGAGCCGGAGGCGCUUACCUGCCGCCGGUUUACAACUACGGGCCUGGCGGCGAUCGCAUACCGCCGGCGAUGAGGAUCUCGUCGGCUUGCACGACGACGACGACGACGUACAUCCGGCCGUGGCUUCCGCUGCUGCUGCUCCUCUGCUUUGCCUGACCGUGUUCCGUUGCUCUGCGCACGAGCUGGCGACAGUUUAAGCUGACUCUUAGUUUAACGCAGCCUGCGGCAAAGAAGAGACGGGGCGAUCGAGAAGGGCCUUUCAUUCAUGCGUUGGAUGUUUGCACGAUCCAAACUUAUUUUCAUCCUUCGUGGAUAUGUUUACAGAGCUCCAACUUACCAUGCCAUUUAGUAGUUGAUUAGUUUACAGCAGAUGUUAGGCGAGUAAUUGUAAAAGAUCGGAUCCGUUUUACUCUGAUGGUUGACACUUA